AUGGCACGAUUAUUACUUGUCGGUCUUAUAUUAUGGUUACUAUGCUUAUGUUGUGAAACAUUUGCUUUGCCAUCCAGUUAUUUACCAAAUCAUUCACAGACGAGACAACAACGAAUAGAACCACUCACAAACAACUUGAAUUUACAAACUUCAAUGAACAAUACAUCCGUAACAAAUACAAUAAACUCAACACAACAGCAACCUUCAGAAGACCACAAUCUUAGUGUCAAUAGAACAACGCCUGCGUACAAAGACGUAACACAACAAAAUUGA